AUGACAGAAAGUGCCGCGAUUCCCGGCGAAGAAAGUGCAAGCACGCUAUUCUGCUUGUUUUGCGAUAAACUAGACAACUUGAUCGUGGACCCGGAGCCAUGCACAUACCUCGCUGUAAAGCAAGUAGCGAACGAACGACAGGACGCCAUUCGCGAAAAGUUCCACCUGAUGUACCAGGAAUCACUGACCAAGCAACGCUUCUCAUGGCAUCACACCUGCGUCAUCUCUUACAUCUGCCAGAAGUACAUGAAUAUACAAACAACAGCAUCAGGUACACCGCAACAAGAGAUUAAAGAAAUCCAAACCCCAAGUGAAGAUCCUGAACGAAUGAAGGACUGUUUCUUUUGUGAAUCAACUCUAACUGCGGAGCAGCUGAAGGUGCAUCCAUUUAGAGCGAAGUUGUCGGCCGCUCGGCUGCUUAGCGACGUCGCGUUCAAGAAGCAGGACAGAAUAUUUACAAAAAUCGAACAGUUCGAAUCGCCGCAGGAUCUCCUCGACAAAGGCGUACGCUACCACAAAGGUUGCUAUUUGGACUACGUGAGACUGCCAAAAUGCUGCGUGACGAAACCACCAGAGGUGCCUGAUUCUGUAAUGUUCAAGGCUCUGGCGCAGCUGCUUGAAGAGAUAGACAGCAAGCUGCCGAAGUGUUGCAUGGAGCUGUCGUACUUGGCGAGGCGUCUGCAGGCUCUGACGGGGAUGAGGACUGCGGACGUGGACACAGAAUGUGUGACGGGGCUACUGACUGCGAGAUACGGAGAGAGGAUCAUGUUUUCAUACCCAGCAGGGCUGAACUCUUGCGUGGUGUUCCUGAGCAGGGUGCCGCUCAGCCAAGCCAUGCGACGUCUGCGUUAA